AGGGAGGACAGGCCACAGGUGAUCACAUGAUCAUGUCCGAAUAUUGAGCGAAAUCGAGGGAGUGUCUGGUGUUGUGUGCGAGUUAUUUCUUCACGCAACAAUGCUCCGACAAUUGUCACUGCUUCUCGCUAGCUUUGCAGCAGUUCAAGCCACUGGCGAAUUUGUUGUCCUACAUUCUCCCGACAGCGUAGAAUUCACUUCAAAUGGAGAGAUCGAGCAAAGCAUUCUCAAGGAUAUGCUGUCUGCAGCGCUUGGUUAUACAGGAAAGCAGAAGGAUUCGGAGCAUAGCAUUGCGAUAUGGGAUCCAUUCUCAAUGCCUAAAGCAUUGGUAGCGAUGCCGAUCGAAGGGAUAGAGAAGCUGCCUUUUAUGAAGGAUAAAGCCAAAGUCGAAUAUGCUAUGAUUUUUGACGAGGCAGAGGAAACUACUUGGCAAGCUAUUAGAAGCAGAGUGGAGGAAAGGAGCAACGACAAUACAUUGGUUAGGAUCAACUUGAGCGAUGGUGUUGACGCUUUGGGCCAGUCGGCUCUCGGUGAACUCAAGCCUGUUAACAUAGACAAGCUGACAGCGCUGAGCUCAGAAAUUGAGGAGGAUCGCAGAUUCGUCGAGGAGAUGCAGCUCCUCCACGCGAUCGCCGACAACGCGUUUUCCACGAAGAAACACGACUCUAGCACAGACGUCUACUGGAUAGUAGUAUCAACGUUUAAACCGGUCCUAGACUUCCACGGGAACACCUCUGCGGCAGCCAACGAGGCGUGCACAGUACUGAAUGACGCCAUGGAACACAUCUCCAAGGCUUUCGUGAACGCUUACGAUGGCAAGGUUGUAAUUGCAGCAUUCACGAAUGAUGCCAGCAAAGUGAGGAACGCCCGUUCCGUGCUUCUCGAUAGAGAACCCAGAGCCGCCGAUGCUUCGCGAGACGACGAGCAAGACCGGCAAAAUAUCGAAGAGGGGAAAAUGAAUAGUAUGAGUAGUACUAGCGAGUCCAACACUGUCGGCAGCACUACUGAACGUACGGGCGUUCAGGAUGAUAGCUCGACGUCGGAAAAUUCCGACCAGGACUCGAAUAAUAAGGAGGACUCGGUUAUUAAGAUAAAUACUGACACACAGACAAUCGCAGGACAGAAACCUGAAGAAUUUUCCGGCCGCUCGAAAGAUUACUCGGAGGACUAUCCCGUCAUCUUCAACAUAAUACUGUGGUUCGGCGUCGUUUUCUGCUUUUCUCUCUUAGUCAUUUGCAUUGCAAUCGGCGAUAUGGAUCCAGGACGGGAUUCCAUUAUCUACAGGAUGACAUCGAAUCGAAUGAAGAAGGACAAUUAAAUGUAAAUAUAGAGUUGUAAUAUUAUAAAGUAUGUUUCUGUGCAAUGUGGUAUUUUACUCGUCGGAGCGCCUGUGCGUAAUUUAUUAGUUUCGGUUCGUGAGAUUUCCUCCUUCUCUUCGAAGUGGAGGAAUCAGUCAGCUGUCACGAAGAUUAUCUAGCUCGGUUAAUCGUCAUAGCGCUCAAAUCACUGGAACAUAUUUGUAUCAUCUCACCGGAUCAUAUGGAAAUGACUGUUACGUCGCUGCGAGAGACUUGUAAAUCUGUAUAUGUCCCGUUAAAAUUCGACCAAUAAAAUCGGUCGAUUCCUAAAUACAUCAUGUUUAUCCGA